AUGGGGAAGAAAGCGAAGAAGAAGGCUCGAACUCCAACAAAGGAGAAUCUGACCACAACGCUCUCCAAGAAGGUCUCUGAACAGCCUAAUGAAAAUGGGGACGGGGAAGUAGCUGAGGUGGCUGAGGUAGCUGUUAAAGCAGUGAAGGAGAAACAAGCGUGUGUGCAUUUCGAGAAGGGUCUUAACGUGGAUAAACUGUUGGAUAAGAUUGAGAAUUCCAAGAAGAUUAAGUGUCAAGAAUGCAAGGAAGGGAUCCACGACAAGAGAGGAGCUAAAGCCAAAGGUAACAAGGGCAAACAUGGAUUUGCUUCUUCUGACCCAAAAUCUGACAGGAAAGCUAUUUGGGUUUGUUUGGAAUGUGGCUGUUUUGUUUGUGGAGGUGUUGGGUUACCAACUGGACCUCAGAGCCAUGUUGUGCGGCAUAUCAGAGUGACUCGUCACAAAUUGGUGAUGCAAUGGGAAAACCCUCAGUUACGAUGGUGUUUUCCAUGCCAUUCGAUUCUCCCUGUUGAAAAAGAAGAGAACGGUGAGAAGAAAGAUGUCUUGUCGGAGGUCGUAAAGUUGAUGAAAGCACGAUCUUUGAACAAUGUAGCUUCAUCUGAUACCGAAGAGCAGUGCUCGGGAAGUGGCAGUGUCACUAGUGAUGUCAAAUUAGAAGGUGCUGUGACCAGUGGUAUAGAAGCAAGAGAUGGUUAUGUUGUGCGAGGUUUAGUCAACCUUGGGAACACGUGUUUCUUUAACUCGAUAAUGCAGAAUCUCCUUUCUUUGGAUCAGUUACGCGAUCACUUCUUGAAGGAGGAUGUGUCUGGUUUUGGUGGCCCUCUUGCUUCCUCCCUGAAGAAAUUAUUCGCUGAAACGAAACCAGAGGCAGGCUUGAAGAGUGUGAUGAAUCCUAGAGCCUUUUUUGGGUCUUUCUGUGCUAAGGCACCCCAGUUUAGGGGAUAUGACCAGCAUGACAGCCACGAGUUGCUACGCUGUUUGCUAGAUUCGUUGAGCACUGAGGAAUCAGCCUUCAGAAAGAAGCGUGGUGUUUCUGAGAAUGAUGAGAAAUUGGAGGCGAAAUCUACUCUCAUUGAAUCUGUAUUUGGAGGCGAAACUUCGAGCAUUGUUUCUUGUAUGGAGUGUGGGCAUUCGUCGAAAGUCUAUGAGCCGUUUUUGGAUCUUUCUUUACCCGUUCCGUUCAAGAAAACCCCUCCUAAAAAGCAGCAGACCGUUUCUCGAGCUAAGAAAGCUAAGCUUCCACCAAAAAGAGUCCCCAAGAAUAAAUAUACAAAACUCCUCCCAAGUAAGGCUCUGUCAGAACUGAACUCUCCGGGAAAAGCUGUGGCUGUCACAGCUGAUUCGGGUACAUCUUGUUCCAGCUCUGCAACCACUGGUAAUGGUGUGGUUUCAGAGACUCCUUCGGUUAUGACCCUUGACAAUAAGCAGGCUUCAGAAACUGAAACACAAAGUGAUGGUGUUUUUGAUAGCUUCUGGUUGGAUAUUAUUGGACCAGAAACCUCUGGAGAUGAUACAAAUUUGGGUAUGGAAGAUAAUGUUAGUGAUAAACUCCCAACAACUGAGGCUGAUCAAAUUGAGGAUAAACCAAAUACUCCUGCAAAUACCUUGGUUUCAUUGGAUGAUCAGACUUUGGAAGGUAAUGAAGAGAGGCUGAUGCAAGAUAAUGAUGAAGUUGCAAAGGCAGAAACCAUCUUGGAUGAAAAAGAUGUACAAGCUGUGCAGUCUGAUGAAUGCACAGCUACAAGCGGUAUAUCUGCUGAAAUCAAUCAAGCUAGUUGCAUCGGUGGUGAUCCUGGUUUAGGGGAAAAUUCUUCCUCGGUGAAUCCUUGGGAUGAGGAAGAGCUUCCUUUGAUGGUUGCAGAUUCGCAAAUUCUGUACAUGCCAUAUAAAGAAAACACAUCAUAUGAUGAUAAAACAGUUGUUGAAGGUGAGGGUGAGGCUUCAUCUUCGUUUGUUACUGGUGAUCAUGAACCACAAAACCAGGAUUUUGUUGAUUUGGGUGGUUUAUUUGAUGAGCCCGGGACUACUGAAGGACCUGUUUUUGGACCUCCUUCUAAGGCUGAAGCUUCGGGAGUUGGUUUUAUGGCGUUCAGCAGCGAGUCUGAUCCUGAAGAAAUCGAUAAUUCGGAUUCACCGGUGUCUGUAGAGAGGUGUUUGGCUCAUUUCACAAAGGCUGAAAUUUUGUCAGAUGACAAUGCUUGGAACUGCGAGAAUUGUUUAAAGAACCUGAAACUUCAACGGCUGAGAGAAAAGCGAGAAUCCAAAAAAGAUGAAUCAAGAUCAAGCAACACCAGCAACGGAUGGUUGAGUGAAAACGAAGUUGGAGAAUCUGGAGAAACCGAAGUAGCAGCAAUCAAGCAAGAUCCAAAAGAUAAUUCUAGUGUCGAGGAUAAUGGAAGAGAAGCUGUGAGUUCUAACUCAGCUAAUGUGAGUGAACCGGAAGAAGCUCAAGAAGAAGAGGAAGAUUCUGAGAAAGUGGUAACAGUAAAAAGAGAUGCAACUAAAAGAGUACUUGUAAACAAAGCCCCACCUGUCUUAACCAUUCAUCUAAAACGAUUCAGCCAAGAUCUGCGUGGUAGGCUAAGUAAGUUAAACGGUCAUGUAGCUUUCAAAGAAGUCAUCGAUCUUCGACAAUAUAUGGACUCAAGGUGUAGCAGAGAAGACCCGCCUGUAUACAGACUGGCUGGAUUGGUGGAGCAUUCAGGGACCAUGAGAGGAGGUCAUUAUGUGGCGUAUGUUAGAGGAGGCCAGAAAGUGAAAGGGACUGAUUCCUCCAGUGUGUGGUAUAACGUAAGCGAUUCACAUGUUCGUCAGGUUUCAUUGGAGAAGGUUCUGAAUGCUGAAGCGUAUAUCUUGUUCUAUGAACGGAUCUUCUCACAAGGCUGA